UAUAAACCCAAAAGACGGUUCUUAAUUAAGAGAAGGAAGGCACGGUUCUUAGGCAACAGGUGUCACCUUCCACGGCCUCAGCUACGUCGUCGACAACAACAUCGACACAAACCAAAUCAUCCCGGCGGAGUUUCUCACCCUCGUCUCCUCCAACCCCGACGAGUACGAGAAGCUCGGCUUCCACGCGCUGGUCGGCCUCCUGGCUUCCUACAAGUAACGCUUCAUCGAUUCCGGGGAGACAAAGACGAAGUACUCAAUCGUCAUCGGCGGGGAGAACUUCGGGUGCGGUUUGUCGCGGGAGCACGCGCCGGUGUGUCUAGGAGCGACAGGGGCGAAGGCGUUGGUGGUGCAGUCGCUUGAUGCGGAGGUUAGUCAUUGAAAACGUUGCAGAAGAGUUCUCUUGUUGGCAGCGUUACGGCAGGAACCUAACUGGAUCUUCGUCUGUUGGUUGGGGAGGUGGUGUUGAUCGUGCUGGUGAAUCGACAUCUAGUGGUAAUAAGUAUGGUUGGCAAUGGUACGAGGAUCCAAGGCUGGAUUGUCGCGGUUACAUAAGCAUCUUUCCUUCAGAUGCAACUCCGCCAUUGGUUGAGGCUGAUAAAGAAACAGAUGAAAGCAAUUACCUUUUGUGGAGGUUAGAGCACGGGCCUGUGAUUGAUGCUGGUGGUAUCUUUGCGUAUGCGAGGAAAGCUGGGAUGAUUCCUUCUGCAGCUGCUUGAUUGAUUUCUCCGUGUUAGGUAUGAGAGAUGAAGAUUGUUAAUUUGUGGAAUGUGAUUGAAUAGUAUAGUACUCUUGGGAGCUUGAUGAUGAUGCAAAAAGCAUAGUUUUUUACCCCUUUUCUUGUUGAGAUAAUAGAGUGGUAAAGAUUCUGGUGUAGUUACGCUAUGUUAGAUGAACAGUGUCAUCGUCAUCUUUCAUCAUGUUCUUUUUUAUGUAGUGAGAAGUGGUGUACGAGAGAUAAGCUUGAGUAAAUUGAUGCAAAAGGAUAGGUUUAGAUGAUGUUGUAUGAGGAUGAUAGUGACUGGUUAUAUACCUGAUGCUCAAGGGUAACUCCGACGUCGAAGGAGUUGUUACUUUGACUCAAGAAGACACAGGUCCCUUCUCAAUUUGCUCAUAUUGAUUCUAAUGUGUGUUAGGUCACUGCUUAGUGUUUGCAUCAUAUCUAAUUCUCAAUUUCACCAUCA